CCGGCCGUCACUACAACUACAACUGUCUCAGUCACUCAGCUGCCACCCUACAUGUAGGAUGUCUAUCAGCAGUGGGGAUAGUGAUGAAGGCAAGUCUUCAGAGAAUGGCGCUAUCUUUUUCAAGACUGGAGUUCAGAACCAGUCUGAAGAGAACAGGGUGCUGAGGCAGCUGAGACGCACAAAGUCAGUGACUCAGGCUGAGCAGAUCACAGAAGUAGAGAGGAAGGCCAGACUCUCCCAACCAGACAAACCGAUACACAAGCCAAGAGACUCCCUUCUUUCUUGGUCAUCAGGAUUCAACAGCUAUGAAGGUUUUGUUAACUUGGGUCUCCUUGUCCUCAUGCUGGGGGGCAUCCGGCUCUUCCUCGAAAAUGUUUUAAAAUAUGGUGUUCGCAUCAACCCAUUGUCAUGGCUGUUGUGGAUGAAACAUGAGCAUGAGACAGAUUUCUACUACCACACUCCUUUGUUCCUCUUGGCUGCCAACAUUCACGUAGUUUUUGCCUAUCAUCUAGAGCACCUCCUAGCUAAGGACAAAAUACGUGGCAAUAUUGAGUUCUAUGUACAUGCAGCACAUUUGGGAAUUCUUCUCUUCAUACCAGUGGUCAUCCUUGGUAUCUGGACUCACAUGUUUAGCCUCCUGGGUCGAACAGUCAUCUGUAUAAUUUACACAAUAUUGUUCUUGAAAUUGUGGUCUUAUGCACAAGUCAAUCACUGGUGUCGCUCUGAGAAAUCUUGGCGAAAAAAGGUCUCGAGGCGCAGAAGCUUCUCCUUCAGAAAAGCCCAAGACCAUGCUAUCAAUGAAGAAGAGUGUGAUGAAACUACAGCACUCAAUUUAACACAGUAUCCAGAUAACCUCACCUUAGGUGAUCUCUAUUAUUUCUUAGCUGCACCAACACUCUGUUAUGAAUUAAAUUUUCCUCGGAGCCAACGAAUUAGAAUACGAUUUCUGUUGCGGCGAAUGCUGGAAGUGAUAGUUAUAAGUAACAUCUUGUUGGCUAUGUUUCAACAGUGGAUCAUCCCCAGUGUUAAAAAUUCAUUCAAAGCAUUUUCUGACCUUGACUAUAUGCGGUGUGCUGAACGUCUCUUAAAGUUGGCGAUUCCCAACCAUAUAUUGUGGCUUAGUUGGUUUUAUCUGUGCUUCCACUCAUUCCUCAAUACACUUGCUGAGCUGCUUUACUUUGCUGAUCGUGACUUUUACCAAGAUUGGUGGAAUGCAAAGGAUGUGGGAACAUUCUGGAGACUUUGGAAUCUCCCAGUACAUAAAUGGGCAGUGAGACACAUCUUUGUUCCAAUGAUGACCAUGAAAUAUAGUAAAACAUCAGCAUCAGUUGCCGUUUUUAUAUUAUCGGCGGCACUGCAUGAAUACCUAGUGUCCAUUCCACUUCACAUGUACAAAAUAGGAGUAUUUCUUGGCAUGAUGGUUCAGGUACCAUUGGUAUACAUAUCUACAAAAGUGGAGGCAAAGUUUGGUCCACGUUUGGGCAACCUGAUUGUUUGGGCCUCACUCAUCCUUGGUCAGCCACUAGGGAUAAUGGUUUAUUACCAUGAUUACAUGGUCAAAACUCUUGAUCCAAAUAUAUUAGGCUUGUGAGAUCAGUUUUAUGAUGUACCAUAAUUUUAAUAUUUUUAUGAGCCUUUGUAACGUGUAGAAGAAUAAAAUAAUUUUAUUGUCAUAGCAUGUACAUUGUAUCUUCCAUGUUUAAAUUUUACUUGGGUGAAUACCAUAUUAAAGACCACUUUCAGCAGAAGAAAAAUUAGAGGAUAUAUUUUCAUAUGAAUAAAGUAACAUGUUUUAUGCAUGAAUAUACCUCAUUUAGAAUUUAGUAAAUAGCUCAAAUAUUUACUUCGUUACACAAAAGCUGGUUUAUUGUACAUUUGUCCGAUCUAACUCCAUUUAAUCAUUGACUUUGGAUGAAAUGGCUAGUUAUCUAAUUCUAAUGUAUUUUUCCAAAUUGCAUAAAAAGUGCACAAUCUUUAUUGCAAUGAAUACCAACAAUUAUACUUGCAAUGACUGA